UAACAACAAUAUAUAUGUAAAAAGCAUGGGCAUAAAAGGGAGACGUGUACCUCAAUGUUGGAUUAGUCAGUAAUUUAACAGUAUUGCCUAGCAGCUAAAAUCGAAGUGUAACAGUUACCAGUUAAACGACGCCCGCACGAACAGCUGUAGUCAGCGAAUCGGAUACGCAGCUAUUAUUUGCAGUGUUUCAAGUGAGAAAGUGCGUUCCGUCCCGUGUUGCUUUCGGUCUGUUCGUGUUCAUCCAUUUACCUGCUGCUUUAUAGAAAAUGGACCGAAUUCGACGGCUGGUCCGACGAGCGAUGAUUGACAUCGUCCCGUUCUAUGGAAUGAUGAUGCGUCGCCGUUUGAUAACAAUAUGUAUUGUUUUUACAAUAUUUUUCCUACUCUACUCGGCGCCGUCAAUGUUUCGGUUUGUUCGACGCAAGGCUCCAUUUAUAAUGGAUUCGUCUCUUAAUGCCAUGCUUAGGCACAUCGAAGAAAUCGAACGUGACGCGGGGGCGUUCAACGCACAGCUUCAGCGUAGCUAUGACUCGGAGGAUGUUCCGCUGACGCCAUUUGUCGGCAACGGUUAUAUAGCUUUUAAUGAAGCGGCCGACGAGCUUUUCUUUUUUGGCGAGCCGGGUCGGCUACUUUCAACAGCGCUUCCGUUCUCACCGUUAGUGAACGUCGAGGUCGAGAAUAGAGCUGAUCACGGGCACGUAACUCGUGCUUUGCAUUUCGUCCAUGGAAAGUUGAUCAAAAUUGAGACAUACAUGUUAGCCUCUUCCAAAACUCCAAUAACAAUUCGGCAAGAGAUUCUCGCGCAUCGUAGUGAUCCUUCAGUAUUUCUGCAAAGCUUAGAAAUGACCCUGGAAGAUUCCUGGAAGUCGGCUAGGGUCAGUCUGCAACAACGGGCGAAAAAUUUCCCGCCAGCUGUCAAGGUCAAAAAUCUCGGCGUCCAUAAUGGUUUACAUUAUGUUCAGCUUAACGGAAAGGUAGCUGCUGGACAUAAGUUCAUAGUUUAUUCGGUUAUUAUGCCGCAAAUGGAUAUCAAAUUAUCAUUUGACUCAAAGUCUUCCUAUGACUUCUUCACCAUUGUCAAGUACUCGAAGCCCGUAAGUAUGGCGGAAGUAGUUGCUUCAGAGUCUAAGGUCAAUGAUCUAUCUAGAAAAGACUUCGAUCGAGUCAUGGCCUCGAUGAAGAAAGUCGAGGCCGAACACGUCAACUCCUGGCUGGAGAUAUGGCGUUCCGGGCUUUCAAUUUCGCUAUCUCGAGCUGAAAAUGCUUUGAAUGGAGACCGAAUUAACGCAACGCUGUACUACGUUUUAUCGCAUACCCCGGAGAGUACAUCCCUCGACCUACCAGCUCUCGGGAAGCAUUGUUACAAGGGACACCACACACUAAACGCUCGGACGUUGUGGCCUCCAUUGGCCGACCUCGGUAAGGUGUCAGUGCUUGAGCAAACGGUGCAACUGUGGCAGUUGACACUAUUCAAACGCGGUUGCGGUGAACUCUUGAGCCAUGGCGGGCCCAAUGGAGCGAUGCAGGCAAUGCUCAUGAGUUUUGGAGCGUUCUUCUUCCAUGACGGCCAUCUUGAGUUUUCGACACUACCGGCCGAUCUUCAUCGAGACUUUCAUUAUCGUCGGCUGAUGCUAUUCACUCCAGAGUCAAACCUGAACGUGACGGUGACCGUUAACGCUGAAAACAAAGCUGUUCUUAGUAUCUCCGCCGAAGCCGACGAACGAGUGUACGCUUGCGAUGGGGGAUGUCUUGAUCCUCCCGUACCCAUUAGCGGUGCGCCACCAGCCGUCUUUCCUGUGAAGCUGACCGAUCCGCCAACGGCUGUCCUCUAUGUGGCCAGAACUAAGCAGCAUCUCUCCGAGCUAAAGCACACAUUACAUGUUCACGAGGUAGCCGAAGCGCCUGCACACGAAAAGCAUGUUAUUGCUCUGCACAAACAUGGCCAUCAGCUGGGCGGAUUGCCUGCUCUGUUUUGGGCUACGUUCGCAUUUCUUGUCGUUGUAUUCCAUCUGUUCCUCGUCCGAAUCAUCUAUAAUGAGUACUUCGCUAAAGGUCAAUACUCAACCCUCGAUAAUAACAAGAAAUAUGUGGCUUAGUUCUGCUAAUGUUGAAACUACCGAUGUAAAGCGAUCAGUGCGACUGCCACAACCUCUAUUGCUGGCCAUGAGACUCUAACUACGAGAUCUAUUCAGGAACACGGCGUCCUGAUCAGAAUACGUACCCGGUAUAUAUAUAUAUAUAUAUAUAAUAUAUAUAUAUAUAUAUAUAAAUCGAGGAGAUUAGAGGAAAAAAAAGUGAAAAACAGGACAGAUACGUUUGACAAAAAAUAACCUGAGUAGUGUAAAAUUUUUAGGCGACAGGAAUGUUGACAACAAUGUUGACGGAAAAAACAAGUUGCGGGAGCUCCAAUUAGAGUUGAAAUGGUGUUCGAUCAAACCUGUUAUAAUUGGUAGCACCCCAAGACUAGCAUGCUUAUUGUACUUAGAAUGACGGCAAUAACGGUGAUCGCGUGUUACAGCGUUACAUAACACAAAAGCGAAAUAAACAAUGGUAUUUAUGAUGUCAGCAGAACUUGUGUGCUAGGAGAGCGGAGAAAUUGCACAUGAGGGUGUGUGUGUGUGUGUAUGGAUGGAUUGUCGUGAAGUUCAGGGAGGAAACAGGCAAGCUAUAAGGUUAGUAAGUGGGGGAGAGAACAUCCAACCAUGUGAAGAGUGUUAGUGUAUGGAAAAUAUUAAAUGAACGGACUGUAACGACGAUGAGGAGUGCAUAAUAUGGGGCAUAUGCCGUCUUGAAUAGCGCGGUAGAGUAAGAGUGUACGAUUCUUUGGGAAUUUGUCGCCGUUCGCUAUUCCCAUUUUUUUCCAACAGAGGCGAAAAUGCGAACUAUCUCGUUAAGUAACGAUUCAUAUAAACGCAAAUUAAAAUAUUGUUUAUAAAAACAUAAUUGUUCUAUUGAAGUGUAUGACAUAAUUUCGCGUGGUUUGUGUAUGCUUUGUAUAUAUGCUCUCGUAUGCGAGCUCAAGCCAGUGACACCUUCGGCUUAGCAUCUUGGUGCCGUCAUAUAACUGAGUAAACUAUGGACAAUAUAUACUAUUAAUACAUGUAAAAAGACAAGAAUGUAGUAUAUGUAACGUAGAGAUGAUGACCACUGAAUUGGUUACUGUAGUAAAAAUUUGUUGAGGGCCCGUUAUUUCGCAAGACGAUGUAAUAACAGCUUAACUUAAAAAAGACUAUAAAAAUACAACUAACUUUCAGCAAAACGCGUGAAUACCUUUGUAUCACUUUACAUUGACAUGGAUAAAUAAUAGCUAUUUCCUAAUUCCUAGGUCAAAUCAGAGCGAGCGAGCUGCAUACGUUGGUAGGUCAGACAUGAGUGCUACGGUCAAACGGGUAUUGGGACAAUUCAUACCAUACAAAAUGCUGGUGUAGCUAAGGUUAACGUAAGGCUACAGACUCAGACGACGAAGGCUAGCUGAAUCAGCAGAAUUACAUACCCUUCAUCCCGACGAUGUGUUGAAAGAAGAACGUGGCAGAAAGGGAUUACGGGAAAUGAAAUUAGUUCGAAUUUCAAGCUGCUGUACAGACCCUGGGUUUGGAGAGUUAAUGAAUGACAGGCGGUGGAAUAUUUUGUCUUUUAGAUAGUGCAAAGGCGCAAAUGUCGGUAUAGGGCAGUAUUAAACGCACUGCGGCUAUGUAUAUAUAAUCUGUAAAUAAAGCUUAUGCAAAGUCGUGUUAGUGUUAUAUAAUAACUAUGACGUAAGUAUGCUUUUUUUGGUAUGAAGGUUGAUGUUGAUUG